AUGUUCAUUCUUGUGAUAUUCUCGGUUAUUCUGGGAAUGAUUAUGUAUACAGUCUAUAAACAAUUGAAUAAAUCUUCUAAAAUACCUUUUCAAUAUGACCACGCAAUAAUAAUGGGUGGUGGUAUUGGAGGAAUGGUCAGUGCUGCUUAUUUAACAAAAUAUUUCAAACGAAUAACAAUUAUCGAGUCCGAUGAUAUAUUAAAUGAUACGUUAAUGAAAUCGACACCUGAAGAAAUUUUAAACUAUCGUUGUCGUCUCGAAAGUCCAACUUCAUUGGGACGUUCUGGUGUUAGUCAAAUAUACCAACUACAUGUUAUUGAAGGUGAAGGAUAUAAAAUAGUUCGUGAAUUAUUUCCUCACUUAGAAAAGAAGCUAUUCAAUGAAUAUAACGUUCGUACUUAUUCGUUAAAAAAUGAAGCGAGACUUUCCGUUAACGGAGUUUUAUUAAACCAAAACUGGCCCGAAGACAUUCUUUGGUUGGGCCUUGAUCGUUUUACGUUCGAAACUGUUUUAAGAAGAGAAUUCUGUUUACAAUUUCCGAAUCAGAUUGAAUGGAAAUGCAAUACAAGAGUAACACAAUUGAUUGUCGAUCAAUCAUCGAAUUUUGUUCACGGUGUCAAAUGUCGACCGAAGAAAAAUAUCGAUUCAACUUCGUUUGAUUUAUAUGGAGACUUUAUUCUUGAUUGUACCGGUCGAAAUUCAUCAUCGACUAAAUGGUUAAAAGAAGAUUUCAAUUUAAAUGUACCAACAACACAAAUACAGUUCGGUUGUGGAUAUUUAAGUUUUAUUGGUGAACGAUUUCAGACUGGAAAUUCUUCAUUAGAUUCGAAAUCAGUGAUAUGCUCGACUGUUGAUAUACCUCAAAGAAACGUAGGAUGUUACAUAACACCAAUACGUGAAAUCAAAUCAACAGAUAAGAAUUCAUUAAGAAUGUUAUCAAAGAUUGCAAUUCAUUGUGUUAAUUCCGAAUAUCCACCGAGCGAUUCUUACGAACAUUUAUUAGAAUGGGUAAAAGAACGUCUCGACGAGAAUUUCUAUUCGAUUUUGAAGUUCACGAAAGUGUAUAGUCCAUUGAUUCCAUAUCAUCGCGUAGCUAGUCAUCGAAAAUACGUCGAAGUAUUAAAGAAGAAAUGGCCGCGAAACUUUAUUCUACUAGGCGAUUCGAUGUGCACAUUCAAUCCUCAAUUCGGACAAGGUAUGACACACGCCUGUCGACAAGCAAAAAUACUGAAUAGAAUCUUCCAAGACAAUCAUUAUCAAUUAGAAGAAGUUUCCUAUAUUUAUAAUCGACGAGCAUCGACGAUUAGUGAAGAAUGUUGGCUGAUUUCAACUGCAAAUGAUUGGAAAACACCCACGUUGAAAGUAAUUCAAACCGAUGAAAAUGGUCAAAGUAGAACUGAUCAACGAGAUGAUCAGUCGAUUGUCACAGAAAACGAGCAAAUGAAACCCCCGCUGAUCGUUCGAAUUUUACAAUGGUACAUUUAUUGGUUUUUACAAUGCGCAAAUCAAUCCGGACAACUGUCGGUAGACAUCAUGUGUGUUAUCAAUCAACUUAAUAGUCCAUUUAUACUUUUGAAACCAACAACAUUGCUUAAAGUGUGUUGUAAAGCAUUGAGAAAGAACUGA